AUGAGCAUAAACAAGUUCAUAUAGCGUAUUUUGUACUCUCCGAAAGCUCAUUCGUUGUUAGAGAUUACACGAUAAGAGUGAAUUGUAAAUGAAAAGCUUUCUAAUCAUUAAAAGCGCUUUAUGGUUUAUAGAGAAACAAUAUCUAAUGAUUAGCAUGAUGCAAUUUGGUAUGUUAGAAUGAUAUGAUAUGAUAUGAUAUCUUGACCCAAUGAUAGGGAUACCUUAAUUUUGUAUAGGGAGUUUUAAUUUGUUUUUUCUUUUUCUGUUUAUUGUGUGUUAUCUUCCAUGUACAUAUACUAAAAUGAUUCCUUUGGAAUAAGUUCAAUUUCCCAUAAUCACAGUUCGACUAACGACCAACUACCAAUGGGCCUCAACUGGUAUUUACUAAAAACGACCGGGUCAAUGACCAGGGUCAACACAUACGUUCGAAGGUUCACGAAUGGAUCGCAGCGAAGCCGAGAUCUCAACAUGGUAUCCAAAGUGCCAAAGAGGACAGAUGCCCCGAUAAGAAUCACGGAUUUGGAUACCAUGUCAUAUAUGUCCUCUUCUUCACGAAAGGCCAAAAUAACGAGCGGCCGACCGUCGAAGAAUGCUCAAGACGACGAUGUCGUCUGUCCAAUGCAAACCAGUAGGAAGCCCAUCGAGGAGCCCGCUGUUCGGGACUCGCCACAAAUGCGCGAGUUCUUCGAGGAAGUGCGUCGGCGAAACCUCAAGGAUUACUAUCUUCAGAUGAAGGCUGCUCAAAGAAAUACAGCGAUGUCCCAUAUGUGUCCGGAUUGUGGUUUUGUGAAGCGGGAUAAGAAGGAUCUCAGCAAGAAUAUUUACUGCACGGGGGAUAAAAGAUUGAGGAUAAAAGAUUGUGAUCGGCAUGGGGAUCUCACCUGGCUGUGGAACUCCUCCGCCGCAUAUCCAUACUCUGCACUGAGUUGUGGAUGCAGCAGAGGUGUCUCCAGCCACUUGGAAAUUUUAUUCAAGCUGCACAAUAUAAAAUGUUUAAUUUAAAAUUUGUAAUUCUUGAUA